GCCAGCCUUUUUUUUAAAAUGGCGCAUGCGCACCUAAUGUAGCGUCGAGUGAGUUGUUCUUUGGCGGGAAGUGCGCUUUAAAUUCUAGAAUCUAGAGGCUAAUAAUGCGGGGGAGUUCGGGGCCCCUAAGCGGCUGGUAGCUGUAUUGUCUUCCCACUAUUUCUUCUCUUUCAGACUCCUGUGUUAGUAUUCAACGCCUCCUCCAACUGUGUUUUUUUUUUUUUCCAACCAAGGACCCGCUUGUUCCAUGUGGUGCUACAGGCCUUCUACGAACCACAGAGUCUGAAAGAGUUGGAUUGAUGAAUGGGACUCUGAUUGCAGGCACACCCAUUGCGGUGGAUUUCUGGAAUAUAAGAAAAGCUAGCCAUGCUCGCUUAUUCUUUCUUUCUCACAUGCACAGUGACCAUACAGUCGGGCUUUCUAGCACCUGGAACCAGCCCAUCUAUUGUUCUCCUAUUACUGGUCAAAUCUUGCAUUUGAAAUUGAAGGUUGCUGAGUGCUGGAUCCACCCCCUUGAAGUGGGAGAGAGCCAUGUCAUGCCUAUGGAUGACAUCGGCCAAGAAACUAUGACUGUGACCUUGAUAGAUGCUAACCAUUGUCCUGGCUCUGUCAUGUUCCUCUUUGAAGGCUACUUCGGUGUCAUCCUCUACACAGGUGAUUUUCGUUACAACCCUGACAUGCAGCAGGAGCCAGCUCUGAAGAACUCAAAACUGAUCAACGUUCUCUACCUGGACACUACCAACUGCCGUCCUGAGCUUAUCCUACCAUCCCGGCAGAAGGCCACUGAGCAAAUCAAAGAGCUGAUCAGGGCCCACCCCUGUCACCUAGUUAAAAUUGGUACCUACACUUUGGGAAAGGAGUCCCUAUUGGUACAGCUAGCUCAAGAAUUUGACACUUGGAUUGUGGUGAGUCCUAGGAAGCUAGAGUUGAUGAAGCUACUGGGGCUGGAGAAUGUGUUCAGAACUGAGGAAGAGGCUGGUUGGAUUCACGUUGUGGAUUUUUCAGAAAUCUGCCAAGCAAAUAUGAUCAGCUGGAACCAGAGGCAUCCAACUAUAGCUAUCCUCCCCACCAGUCGGCCAGUGAAGAUCAAUCAUCCUGAUGCCCACAUUAUUCCUUACUCAGACCACUCGUCUUUCCAAGAGUUGCUGCAGUUUGUGGCUUGGCUGAAGCCCAGUUCCAUAAUCCCAGUAGUGAAGAUGGCAGAAUGUCAGAUGUAUUUCAAGCAGUACUUGAGAUCUGAAAAUGAGACACUUGAGCAGUCCAAAGUCCCUAAAUUAGUGAAAAGAUUCAUGCAGCUUCAAAGCAAGAAGCAGGGGAGGCCUUCAAAGAUGCUCAAACUAGCUUCCUGUUGCCAUGUUCCAAGGGGUGUUUUGUUUGAAGAUAGCCAGGAUGCAGAGGUUUCCCAGCAAAGCUGUCCAAAGCCCUUGAAGAAAUCUCUGCCUUAUUGUCAAAGAAAGUAUUCUGGAUACUCGCUGGAUAGAGGGAAGCGGAAAAUAAUGAUGGUAAAGCCUCAAAACCUGGAGGACCAGAGUGGGCAUUCUCCAGUACAGUCUGAUGCAACAUCUAUCAAACAUCAGUUAAAGGAAAAUAUUGCUGAUCAGUUCCAAAAAUAUCAGACAAGUGUAACAUCAAAGUGCCCACUGCCCUGUUUUGUCAGGACUCCUUGUUCCAGUUUGGGGGGUGAUAUUCAUCUUUGUCAGGUAGGCUUGAAAGACUGUGUCUCCUCAGCAACAUUGCCCCCUGUUCAAAAUGACAUCAAUUACACAUGUGGCUCCCAAAAGGACAUGGCAUUCCAGCCUGCCAAUCCAGGAGGCCUUCAGAAGUAUGACUUUUCUCCAUUGAAUAGCUCCAAGCGCUGGACCCUUCAAACCUUUGACCAGCAAGUGGAAACCUACUUAAAAAGAGGGAGGGUCCAAAUGCAGGAAGUAGGGCAAACUUGCACUCAGGCUAAGAACUCAGAGUAGAAGCAAAACUACUAGCAAAGAGGUUUUGUGGUACAAUAGUCUGUUUUCUUGAUAACAAAUUAGUCUGCCAGAGAGGCCUAGCUAAAGUUACACUACAUGUUUAUCGUUUAUUGAGAUGGAACCAUAUUCCCAUCAUUGACUUGGUUUAUGAAACAACAAUGAACUUUAUUGCCUGUAAUUUCAAGGCUGUGAUUUAGUCACUGCCUAUAGCUAAGUUACUGACUUAGUUUUUUCUGUCCACCUGCUUGUCCUUUAGCUGACAUUCAGCUGCUCUCAGCAUUCCCUUCCUUCUGGAUCAUCUUUAGAUCUCAUCAUACUGUUCUUGUAUGUUUUUCACCUUUUGGUUAAUUACCAACUUAUACUUUUAAGACCGAGGGGUUAUUCCUGUAUAGGCAGAGAUUCCUACAUUGUCUGUAGGUGGCCUGGUUUUGCUGAUUUUGUCAUCUGCACAUGGACCCAACACUGUUAGAUACUGUGAUUGUUUUAACGAUAUAUGAUGUAUUUUAAA